CAGCGCACGCGAGGUGAGAGCUGGAUGAGUAUAUCAUAUCAUCGUCCUCGCAGCAGGAGGAUGUGAAAUUUCUACAUUUUCAAGUUUGACACUGAAAGGAAGCAGCAGCAGCCGGAUUCAGCGGCUUCACUCACAGGUGCUGCUCGGUUCUGCAGUCGUCUGACAACAAAACUGCCUCAUUUUUAAUGAGUUGGUUUUAAAGAGCUGCUGUCCAUCCGUCCAGCGAGCCGCAGGCAGACACACAGUCAUGAUGGAGUCUAUUUUAGACAGUUUAACGGCUGAGAAACUCUAUCCGUCCGGGGGAACCAACCUGUUGGACCUGGAGGAACUCAGCGACGGAGAUUUCCUCACUAACGUGCCUUUCUCAGGUGACCAGAUGGACGACUUCAGCAGUGAACUGUUCAACAGUUUCUUUGACGACCAUGUAUUAGAGCGACCCCUAUUGGCAGACAGACCUUCACUUUUACACAUCGACAUGGACAGCAGCCCAGAUAUUCAAGCAGAGCACAGCUACUCUCUGAGCGAAGACUCCGCCCCCCAGAGUCCUGCCCUGUCAAUCAAAAUGGACCAAGAGUCUGAGUUCGAGUGGAGCUUCAGUCAGGACCUGUCGGCCAUCUUGGUGAAACAGGAGGAGCCUGAUGUGGGUCAGAGGUUAGAUCCUCAGCCUCUGGAAGGCCCGCCUCUCAUAUUAAGCCCCGCCCCACCGCACAGAGGAUCACCAUGGAAACACACGGAGCGCUGUCAAGAUGAAGCGAAGCCAGUAGCUGUAAAAGAUGAACCCAGAGAGAUUGGACAGUACCUCAGCCUGCCCAGCGACGAUGCCCUCCAGCUCCCGCCCACUCCUCCCAGCAGUAACCACGGCGACAGCGACGGCUCCCUCCCACCCUCCUCCCCCCACCUCCCCCUGCCACCGUCGUCCCCACAGCCACAACAGAGACCGGGAGGUCGCGCCUCUUCCUCCUCCUCCUCCUCCUCCUCUUCAGCCAUCUCCUCCUCACCUCUCCUCACUGCGCCACAUAAACUACAGGGUUCAGGACCCCUUAUGUUGACAGAAGAAGAGAAGAGGACCCUGGUUGCAGAGGGUUACCCAGUCCCUAACAAACUUCCGCUCACGAAAAGUGAAGAGAAGGCACUGAAGAGAGUCCGGCGGAAGAUUAAGAACAAGAUCUCAGCUCAGGAGAGUCGGAGAAAGAAAAAAGAAUAUGUGGAAUGUCUGGAGAAAAAGGUGGAGAGUUACACGUCAGAAAACAGCGACCUGUGGAGGAAAGUAGAAAACCUGGAGACUGCCAACAGGUCCCUCCUACAGCAACUCCAGAAGUUUCAGUCGCUGAUUUCGGGGAAAGUCGUCCCUCGUUCUUGUAAAAUGGCCUCAACUCAAACAGGAACCUGCCUCAUGAUGGUGGCCCUGUGUUUUGUCCUGGUGUUGGGCUCCUUCUCCCCCUGCUUCUCCCCGCUCUCCUUGCUCACUCACACCUCCGCCUCUUCCUCUCACGCCUCCCCAUCCUCAAAUCCUUCUCCGUCAGCGGACCUCUACGCCACCAGUCAGGUCCGUUCCCGCAGCCUUCUCUUCUACAGCGAAGGGUCUCCACUGGAGGAGAGUUUAACACCUUCAGAAGGGGAGAGGCUACAAUCAGAGGGACACUCUCACAUCCAGACGAGCCGCUACACAGCUGACGCCCACAGCAACCAGACCAGUGGGCCCAAAUCAGACCAGAGACAAACAAAACCAGACGGAGUGUCAGAGUUUUUCUGACACAGCCUGACCCCUCCUCACAUGACUUCUCACCCCUAAAAAGCCCUGAAAUGCUCCGGAUUGCUCAAAUCAGCCAACUUCAUAUCCAGCUAAACCUGCGUCUACAUCUCUCCUAUCUCCAUCCAUCAUCAUCCCUUCUAAUGAGCUUUGAGACUCUGCGGUCCUCCCAACCUCCUCAUGUGGUAUCCUGCUUGUACUUCGCUGUUAUACUUGAAUAUCGGUUUUAAAUGGACCUCCUUGUUGGAAUUUUUAAUUUUUCUGCACUAAAAAAGCUGGUAUCAUUUAAAAUAUCCAACUUAUCAUGAAGCAAACUUGUUCAAUCUUUAGUUUCUAAGUCAUGUGACUCAAUUUAAAGCAAACAUAGUAGCCUAAAUUAAACCUUAAUCAAAGAAGCUCUAAAUGAAAUGUGAGAAUUUACAGAUUUGAUGUAUUUUAAUAAAAUAAUUCCUUAGAUCAGACAGUUACUCAGACAACAGACGGAUAUGAACUUCUUAAAUGAUGCUCAUGUGUACAGAAUAGUCUUAUGUUAGAACAGGCAAAAAAGCAAACACAGCAGCUGAGGAGCAUUAUGGGAAAUGUUCGACACCUUUAACCCUCCUGUUGUCCUGCAGGUCAAAACUGACCCGUUUUAAAAUUUGAAAAUGUGGGAAAAAAUGUAGAUUUUCCCAGUGAAAUUUCCGAUGUCCACAUUUUCAACAUGUUUGGGAAAUCUUUGAACAUUUUUUAGUGGGGGAAAAAAAAUGUUAAAAAUGUUUCUUUAAGAACAUCCACAAAAAAAUCAACCAAAAUCCAGCGAAAUUCGCUGUAUUUUGGUUGAUUUUUAUGUGGAUGUUCUUAAAGAAAAUAUUACAAGUUUUACUGAUUUAUAUAAAAAUCACUUUAGAUAUUUUUAGGAUUUUUUUUAAAGAUUUUUACAAAUUUUUUGAAAAUAUUCAUAAGAAUUUUCUUGCCACAUUUGGGGGAUUUUUUAAAAAAUAAAACUUUUAAGGAAUUAUUGGAAUUUUCUUCCUGAAGGUUUUGCAAAUUUUCAGAAAUUUGGGGACAAUGAAACCAUAUUUUUUUGGCGCCUGUAAAUGAGGACAACAGGAGGGUUAAGAGGUCAAGGACCUAAAUGUAUAAUAUGGAAACUUAAUAGACCUCCACUGUGGGAUUCUAGUUUUAGCAUGCAGCGCUUGUAUUUUACUUCCAAGGCGCUUUGGGUGCUCUACAUUGGAUCAGUGCUUUAUUUUUUAAUCCAUCACAUAUAUUAACAAAGGGCUGCAACUAACUCAUCUUGGUCAUCAGUAUUGUCAUAGAAAAGAGUGAAAAAUUGCCCCACCAAUGACUGAAAGAUGAAGAAAAGUAGCAAAUCCCUACAUUUGAGGAGCAGGGCCCAGAAAAGAAUUGGCAUUUUUGCUUGAUAAUUGACUGAAAUGUGAGCACAACAUGCUAGUAUUGCUAACUAGACAUGCUGGUGUUUUGAAAAUGAUUUUAAAAGGAAACUGUGCCAUUUUAAAAGUGCCUUCAAGUUGCUCGAAGACCUGGAAAUGUUCCUCUGUCUGUUUAAAUCAGGUCUGGCCUCAGUCUUCUGAGACCUUCUAAGGGACAUUUUGCCCGUUUGUCAUCGGAAAUUGGAUGAAUGUUGAGGAUUUAUCAGUGCGAGACCUUUUAUUUCACAUACUUGUUUAUGUUUGGAGACACCGCAGUCGCCUGACGAAGAUCUGUCAAUUAAAUGCGCUCCUAGCAGAAUCUUUUUGUCUGACUUUUCCAACCAGACAUGUUAUUUUUCAACUUUUUCAAUCCGUCUCUGAAGUUAAAACUAGUUUUUCACUUCCACUUCUGACCAAAAUUCUGCUUUGUUUCUGUGGGGCGGACCAUAUUUUCAUACCUAGGGACCAUAAGGAGGUUGGGAAACAUGGCAUAAAAGUAUUUUUAUGGAAAUAUAAAUUGUAUAUGUAAUAUAUUUGCAGCAUCGAAAAAAAGAGCAUAUUUAAUUUAUGCAACAAAAAAAUAAAGUUUUAAAGUUA